AUUAAACUUUAUGGACUACACUAUUAAAGAUUCAUUUUUUGAUGACUAAGAACAAAAAUCCUUCUGGACAUAAACUCAGUUCCCUGCUAAAGUAGUCUAAAUGGAAUUAAAAGACAAUAUGCUUGUUUAUAAGGAAAAGGAAUUUGUUAAACGUAAAGUUGGAAUUAUGACUCAUUAUCUAUUACUAUUUAAAGAUUAAGUAAAUUUAAAGAGUACUAAAAUAAUAGGAAGUACAUAAGUGGGUUAAUUUGAUCAAUAUUACUAUGGAGCUGAUUAAAAAUCCAGUAGUCGGUCAAGGAAUUAGAUUUCUACAAAAUAAAUAAUCCUUUGAAAUGUAUGGUGAUGUUGAAACUUGGUUCAAUUAUCUUAAAAAAUAUUGUAUUUAAAGAACCUUCUCUUAAAAAUACACAUUACUUAAAAAAAUAGGAUAAGGCAAUUUUGCUGAAGUAUUUCAUUAUAUGAUUAUAAUUAUCAGGUAUUUAAGGCUAUUUCUAAGAUUGAUGGAUAAGAGUAUGCAAUUAAAUGUUUUAGAAAAUCUGAUCUUAAAGAAGAAGUUGAUAAAUUAUCGAUUAUUAAAGAAACUUCCAUAAUGAGAAAACUAUAACAUGAUUCUGUAAUAAAAAUGUAUGAAGUAUUUGAAGGAGAAGAAUACUUAUACUUAGUUCUUGAGUAUUUGAGAGGAGGUGAAUUACAUAAAUUUAUGAAGAAGUCUCCUCCUUUUUCUGAAGAAAAAUGUUCAAAAUUAAUUUACAAAUUAUUAAAAACUUGUCAAUUUAUUCAUGAAUAAGGAAUAUUACAUAGAGAUAUUAAACCAGAAAAUAUUAUGUUAAGAAAAAAAGAUGAUUUAGAGGAUAUUUGCAUCUGUGAUUUUGGUUUAGCAGAUUAUUAUACUCCAAGUGGUAAAUAUUUAUUCACAAGAUGUGGAACUCCAGGAUAUGUUGCACCUGAAUUAUUAUAAGAUAAAGUCUAUGAUUACAAAGUAGAUAUAUAUAGUGUAGGUAUUUUAAUGUUUAUUCUCAUUGCUGGUAAAUCUCCUUUCGAAGGCAAAGAUUAUGAUGAUGUAGUAAUGAGAAAUUACUAUGCAAAGGUUAGAUUUGAUGAAUGUAAAUUAAGUGAACAUGGUAUGAGUCUAUUAUAAGGAAUUAUGAACAAAAAUCCUGUUAAAAGAUUAAGUGCAUAAGACGCUCUUAAUCAUUAAUGGUUUAUCUAAGAAAAAUUAGCAAAGACAUGCCAAUUUAAAAUUCGUAGACAUAGUAAUGUUAAGAAAUUACCUCAUCUUGAUGGAUCCCCUAUACCAACUACUAACUUUUUGAGUCCCAAAAAUUCAUUUAAUAAUCUCAGUCCUUAGAGUUUAACCAGAACAGCUGAUAUUACACCGAAUUCUCCAAUCACUCCAAUUACACCUCUCUAACAUAAAGGUAAACCAAUUCGUAAAUCAAUUUUCAAUCUACAAUAAAUAUGAG